GUGUGACUGACGACUGGGACAGACGCACGAUGAUGAACAUCUUGCAGGACUUCUACGGAAACAAGGUCCUGAGUGAGACUCACGUCUUCUCUCCAUCAGGAGUCUACCACCAGCUCAGUCCUGAGGCAGAUCAUGGCACCUACAUGGCGUACAUCAAGAGCCUCCCCAUCAACGACCCCACGGAGAUCUUUGGUCUCCAUGACAACGCCAACAUCACGUUUGCGCAGAACGAGACGUUCACCAUCCUGGGUGACCUGGUCAGCAUGCAGCCCAAAACAUCCAGCAGCACCGGCAAGUCACGCGAAGAGGUAAUGGAGGACACGGCGCGGGGUAUCCUGGAGAAGGUACCGCCGCCCGUACCGGUGGGACCGGUCAUGGAGAAGUACCCGGUCAUGUACGAGGAGUCCAUGAACACGGUCGUCGUACAGGAGGUCAUCAGGUACAACCGUCUGCUGAACACCGUCCGUCAGACACUGAACGACCUUCUGAAGGCACUGAAGGGUCUGGUGGUGAUGUCAGGAGAGCUGGAGGGCAUGGCUAACUCACUCUACAUCAACCAGGUUCCUACUAUGUGGGCAGGCAAGGCUUACCCAUCCCUGAAGCCGCUUGCAUCCUGGGUAGUUGAUCUAGUGACGCGUAUGGAGUUCAUCCACGAGUGGAUCGACCACGGGAUCCCUACGAUCUUCUGGAUCUCCGGAUUCUUCUUCCCACAAGCCUUCCUGACGGGCACGCUGCAGAACUAUGCCAGGUCACAGGUCAUCUCCAUAGAUACCAUCACCUUCGACUUCCAGGUGAUGCGUGAGUCCAUCUCGGAGUUGAAAGAGCGUCCGGAACACGGCGUGUACAUCCGGGGGCUGUUCCUCGAGGGAGCGCGCUGGGACUCGGUCGGCUUCCAGCUGGCAGAGUCCAACCCGAAGGAGCUGUACACGGACAUGCCCGUCAUGUGGCUCAAACCCAUGCCUAACCGCAAGGCACCGACAAGCGGGAUCUACCUGUGUCCUGUGUACAAGACUCUACAGAGAGCAGAAAACAAGCAUCAAAGGAUACAGAAAGUGGUGACAUGGAAGAACAAGAACCAGGACCAGAAAGUGGCGACGUGGAAGAACAAGAACCGCAGGACCAAGCCAGGCUUCUGA